UGCUGCAUCGGAGUCAUUUUGUUGGUGCACCGUUAAUGGCGACCAGCGGACGGAUAAAUCUGGAAGUUUCUAGAUAACUCACAGUUUAUUGCAGCGCUGUUUGGAAGAAAAGGUUGUAUUUAAUACUGAUCGAAUAAUGGUGAGAAGCAAGAGCCGAACACCACCACGGCGAGAGAGACGUCGUUCACGCUCAUCCUCAAGAGAUCGCGAGCGGAGGCGCAGGGAGCGCGAGAGGUCCCGGUCGCGUGACAGAGACAGACGGAGGUCGCGCUCACGCUCCCCUCACAGGCGCAGAUCCAGAUCUCCACGGCGACACCGCUCCUCCUCCCAGUCUCCAGUGCGGCAGAAGGACAGACGGGAAGAUGAAAAGGAAGGGAAGGAAAAACCUGCAAAGAUCCAUCAAAUAUCAGCUGAAGACAUGCAGGGAAAGACAGAGGAGGAAAUAGAGAUGAUGAAACUGAUGGGGUUUGGAUCCUUUGAAAGCACAAAGGGUAAGAAGCAAGAUGGUUCUGCUAAUGCAUCUGCGAUCAAUGUGUCUCAGAAGAGAAAAUACAGGCAAUACAUGAACAGGAAAGGUGGUUUCAACAGACCUUUGGAUUUUAUUGCCUGAUCAUGGAAAGUUCGAGCCAAGUUUUAACAUCUUUGACCGUUUUGUUAUCCUCUGUAAUGAAUUUUUUUUUUCUAGGUGUAUAUAAAUAUGUACCAGAAAAUGUUCGCCUCUUUUGCUUUUCAGUUAAUGCCUGUCAUUUAAGUGUCAGAUUAGUUUGCAAUAGAUGAGCAUCAUAGCUAAUUUUGAUAUUGUGGAUUCUUUGCCUGUAGUAUCUUCUUUGUGAAACCCUUGCAGUACUAUUUUUUUAUUUAAUUUUUUUUGUGGAUGUUUUUGUGCAUGAAAAGCUUUUUCUUUGAUUCUUGUAACUUAUGCAUUAUUUGGUAUUAAAAACCAAGAUAUCACAUAUUUCAAUAUAAUAAUUUGACUUUCUUAUUUUGCUUUAAGAUUAAAAG